CUCCGAACACGACACGUGUCUCGUUGAUAAAGUUUCUACACCGCCAACAACGUUGCCGGUUCCUUAUUAUGUAUUUUGGGUUCUCCGGAAAAGACACAGAGAAGAAGAAAUGGAAACGAGAGCGCGCCUAAGAGUUCAAAAGAAGAAACCCAUUAAGCACAGGGGAAGGAAAUUGUUACUGAAAAACUUUUUGGAUUAUCUCAAGUCUGAUACUUUCAUGUAUGCUCCUCUAGUUUCUUCUCUGCCUUCUGAUUUUCCCUCACUGGACACCUUUCCUUCCUCUGCUAAAGUGGUGGAACUGAAAAAACCCAUAAAAGAGAGCAAGUGGUUUCGGGAGCAAGUUGGGGAGUAUCUCACAUCUAAUGUUUAUAUGUAUGAUCCCCUGCUUGAUCUUCCUCACUCACCUCAAGAACCUUUGCAGGACGGUGGAAUGAUAAGGAUGGAUGUUUCAACUAAAACGUCGCCAAUGAAAGUCAACCAACGAACUGAUCAUUUAGGAAAUGUGAACCAGAGGACUGAAAGUCAUAUUCCUCAAACAAACGUCCCUGAUGAACAUACUUGGGGGCACAAGGAAACCGUGAAGCACACUGUGUAUCAAAGUUGUCGCUCAACUUCUGAUUCAAGGGUGACCCUCAACUCACAGCUGAGAUCCCAUGGUUGAUUGAAACUUUUGGAUAUAAAUGUAAAAAUGGAAGAUAGUAACCUAUAUGAGCUGUUGUUUUAGUUUUAGUGUAUGUAGAAUUUUACUUGUUAUUGUCCUGUUUUUUGGUAGAAUAUGAUGCUGUCAUUGUUUAUAUUAUAACUUAAAGCGUUUCAUGUAAUGUUUUAGUUAUUUCA